AUAACCUUCAGUAUGGAAAUUUAACAUAUUGAAAUUUAACAUACUAAAAUGUGCACACAAGAAUCAGAUGAGGUAAAGGAGAUGUACUGUGAGCCGUGCCGUAAAGAUGGAUUUAAAAAUGUUUCAGGUCUCGACUGCAUUCACAUAGAAAUAUACCAGCCAAAUAUGAUUUUGGCCAUAUAGGCUCCAGAAAAGUGAAGUUUUGGUUAAGAGAGCCAGCCAAUCAAAAGGCGUCAUUUCUCAUGAGCCUUAAAAAUAUGGAUGCCUCGAUGGUCAGUCAGCAAUAAUACAAAUAUUGACACCUUUUUGCCCACAGAAUUCACAAAACAAGAAUAAAAUAAAGGGAGACAUGCCAUAGUUUAUAACAACACUAUUUAUUUGUUUAAUUUAUCUAUAUUACUAAUGAAAUAUAUGUUAGACUGCUUAAAGGCGUCAAAACUAAUGACUCUAGGAUACCAGACCAUGAUCUACAAGACAAAAAUGACAUGCCCCAAGAUUUCUGUCUUGAACCUUGUCCAUCACACUCUGGGGAGAUAGUCAAGUUCUACUGUAAAACAUGCAAUAGCCUUGCUUGUCCACAUUGUAAAAGUGACCUGCAUACUAACUGUACUGAUGUAUUUCACUUACCAAAACUAUCUGCUGACUUUGAGAACAGUGCUGAGCUGAAAGACUUGGAAAAAAAUAUACAAAAAGCCAAAAAGGAAUUGGGUAGUGUUAGAGGAAUGAUAAAGAAAAGUGAAAAACAUGCAAUAAUGUUAAGAGCUGAUGUAACAAAGGUCAUGAAAAAACAGAGGGAUGUCAUAAAUUUGCGAUAUGAUAAUUUAGAAGAACAAGUUAACAGAACAAUUGAUAAAAUUUACAGUGAUGACAAUGCAGAACUUCAAAAGCAGUCAGAUAAAACUGAUACAGUUGAUAAAGAACUUACUUCUUUACAAGCAGAUAUACAGAACACAAAGAGAGCUUUACAAAGGUGUAAGCUCUAUGUAAAAUCAAAAAAUGCUGAUAAGGUAGUUAAUUCAGUGAGGGAAAGACUAAAAGAGAUAAAGGAGGAAGUUGUUGUCCAUGGUUACAGUUAUGAGCCAGUUGAGACUUCUGCACGUGAACGAGAGCUUGGUUUAGUAAGGACAGAAGGUAAAAUAAAAUCAACAGACAUAACAGGAUCACUUCUUUCAUACAUACAUCUAGAAGCAAAAAUGGCCAUGAUGUUGGUACGAGAAUUACGUAGAUCUCAUUUAUAUACAUGUAUGUUAAUAAUUGCUAUGAUCUUGUUGGCAGUGUUUGACAUCAAAGUCCACAUGUUUUACAUACUUUUCCUUAUUGCAGUAAUAAUUCUUAUGUCAAAAAAAUGUUUCAUGACUGAGAUGAGACUUUCCUUGGUUCACUUGAGACACAAUUUGAUUAAAUAUUUGUUAGAAGUAUGUAUCAACAUAACAAAAGGGACUUUGGAGAGUUUAAAAUAUAAAAAUGUCAAAGACUGUGUGUUGUUUUGCCGUCUUCAGGAAUGGUUCAAACAGUUACAUUCCAGAUAUAUCAAUGUGAAAACUAAAAGUAAUGCCUUGUGUGACAUCACUGGACUGUGCUUUCUAUCUGUAAAACACCUGGUUGCUGUUGAUAAUAGAAAUUCUUCUGUAAAAAUUAUUGAUAUUGAACAGCAGUCUGUGAUAACAGAACUAACUCUUGGAGGAAGACUGCCCUUCCAAAAUCCAUGGGAUGUUACAAAAAUAGGUGGUGACCAGUUAGCUGUUACAAUUCCACACUCUGAAACUGUAUGUUUCCUUCAACUUACAUGCUGCUUUGAUGUCGAAUUGAUCUCCCUUUCACUGACACGUACAAUAUCAGUUAGCUGUCGCUGCUAUGGAAUAGUUUAUGCCAACAAUAAAUUGAUAAUUACAUCUUCAGGACUCAACAGUUGUGUUAAAAUACUUGAUUUGGAUGGGAACACACUGCAAAGUUACAGUAAAGAUUCUGGAGGUGAGAAUUUAUUUCAGCUUCCAUAUUAUAUUGUCAUCAGUCCAGAUCACAAAACAUUGUAUGUGUCAGACUUCCACUGUUGCCAGGUAACUAGAUUGUCAAUGGAUGGAAAUGUUCUAGCAGUCUGCAAACACAGUCAAUUUACAGAGCUAUUUGGAAUGACAACAGACAAGACAGGGAAAAUAUAUGUGUGUGGUUGGAGCAAUAUUUUUAUGCUGUCAGAUAAUCUGGCUGAGGGUCAGAAACUUAAAGAUGUAGUCAAACCAUUAAAUAACAUUGCUUAUUGUGACAAAACAAAUACUUUCUGCCUAGCUUCAAACCAACAUGACAAUAUAACAUGUUUCAACAAACUCGAGGCAAAUGAAGUUUAACAUGUUUCAACAAACUUGAAGCAAAUGAAGUUUGAGUCUUGUGUAUGAGUAGUAUAUUUGAUAAAUGUACUGUUUCAGAUUACAUGUAUUACAAAUAUAUAUGCAUUUGUAAUUGAUCUGUUGGAAUGUAUAUUGUGUUGUGGUACUUGCUGUAGGGAAGGCAUUUCACAAGACAAAACAAAACAUAAUUAUAUCAUA